GUCUCUGUGUUCUGUCUACGAGAGUGACGUAUGAACAGCCGAAACGAAAACGAAAGAAAAGCCUCUUGUGCCGUUGUUAUCUUCUAUCAUAUCUGAAGAAUGGAGACAAACGGCCAAGCAAAUGGGCUUAAAUCUAAAAAGAAAGAAAACGGCGACGGGAAGGACAAUUUGUGGUCCGCUAUAUUAGAAGAAGUACAGAAUCAGGGGAACACAAAAUUGCCUUCCAACAAGAAUGUGCUGGUAUUGGGUGACAAUGAGACUGGCAAAACCACACUUGUAGCCAAACUGCAAGGCGUGGAGGACCCCAAGAAGGGGUCGGCACUCGAAUAUGCUUAUAUAGAUGUUAGAGAUGAGUACCGUGAUGACCACACGAGACUUAGUGUAUGGGUCCUAGACGGGGAUCCAGGGCACACAAACCUGCUCAAGUUUGCGUUGAGUGAAGAAACAUUCCCCCACACGCUGGUCAUCCUCACGGUGGCCAUGACCACACCAUGGGGUGUGCUCGACCAGCUACAGAGCUGGGCCUCCGUGCUCGGCGACCACAUAGACAAAUUGGAUCUCACACCUGAACAAAGGCUACAAAGUAAAAAGCAGCAAGUGCAGAAAUGGCAGAGGUACACGGAGCCGGGCGACGAACUGGAGCCGACGGCGUCGUCGCCGAUGAAGCGCUCGUCGCGCAACCUGUCGGACGAGCUCGACGACGAUGACGACGACAACCCGCUGCCCGACGCCGUGCUCACCACCAACCUGGGGCUCGACAUUGUUGUCGUUGCCACAAAGACUGACUACAUGAGCACAUUAGAAAAGGAGCACGACUACCGCGACGAGCACUUCGACUUCAUGCAGCAGUGGGUGCGGCGGUUCUGUCUGCAGUACGGCGCCGCGCUGUUCUACACCAGCGCCAAGGAGGACAAGAACUGCGACCUGCUGUACAAGUACCUCACGCACCGGAUAUACGGCCUGCCGUUCCGCACGCCCGCGCUCAUCGUCGAGAAGGACGCCGUCUUGAUACCGGCCGGUUGGGAUAGUAUGAAGAAAAUUAGUAUAUUGUAUGAAAACAUGCAGACGUGCAAACCGGAUGAUUACUACAGAGACGUCAUCGUACAACCCGCUACAAGAAAGAGCGGCGCUCACAGAGAAGCGGAGGUGACGGCGGACGACGAGCAGGCGUUCCUACAGCGGCAGCUAGCCGCCCUCAACGCCGGCACGCCCGCGCCGCGCGCCGAGUCGCCGCUGCGGCCCGCGCACAGAGCCACCGGACCGCUGGAAGGCGGGAAGAUAAGCAUGGGCCCCGGAACGCCCGGCAACGAGGGCGUACUGGCCAACUUCUUCAACUCGCUACUGUACAAGAACAAGCCAGGCUCGCCUGGCACCCGCACGCCAGACGCGUCGCCGGCUGCGGCCGCCGCGCGGUCAGACGCAGCCGCAGAACUCGAACGAAUCACGCGGGCCAAGCGAGCUCCGCCGCCCAUAGACCUCAACACGUCCGAGUGCUAGCGCCAAGGGACUUACGUGAGGUGUAUUAGUUUAACGGGUGUUCACGAUAUCGCCCGGCACGUGGACGCAGAGCGGACACCAUCCGCAGAACUUCACAUGAUAUGAUACAUUGCUGGCUUGUACUUUGUGUUGUCACGCCAUACUCCACGGCCACGCGGCAACGGAACCCGUAUUAUUUAUUCCGAACGCUUGUAUUAUCGCGACACCUUUGAGAUUCUACCACAUGUUAGACGGCGAAACGAUGCAUCGAUCAAGAUUGGUCGAGCGCUGUAUACUGCAUGUCAGCCAAUCACGAAACGUCAAACGAUGUUUCGGAUUGGUCAACAACGCCAUCUGUUGACAAUUAAAUGUAUCGUUAGUUUUUUAAAUAUUCCGAAUGCUUGUAUUAUCACGAAUUGAGAUUGGUAGAAUCAUUUGUACGUCGAUCACGGUUAGUCGAGCGCUGCAUUGUGAUUGGUCGAUUACAGGUUUGUGUCAACAACGCCAUCUGUUGACAAUUUAUAGUAAGUUUUAUAGAUUUACCAGCCGCUGUAUUAGAAAACUGUUUAUGAGAAUAGCAAUAUGUCACUAAUUCUUCUACUAUUGAAACUCGAAAUUAUUACAAUACUUACACCACUAGCAAAUCAAAAUAUGUGUAAAAAAAUUACGGAAAUAAUAACUUUAAUGCUAAAAGCAUUAGGUUCAUUUUACUCCGACGUUCAGUAUGCCAUAUUCAUAGACAAUCGUUUUCUUAAUACAGCUUAAGGUCGGCAUUAUCAAAAUGUCUACGGUAAGGCUAACAGCAGUGUGAUGUACUUUAUAUAAAGGUAAAUGUAUUGUAAUAUUAAGGAAAGAAAAAGGAGAAGAGACAUUUUUUACAUAACUUAUUAAAAACUAAUUAACGCUAAACCUAUAUUGUACUGUUUUUUUAGUCUAUGGCAGCAUUCUAAGUGAAUUCCUCUGUGUAUAGUUCUAAUACAUAUCGCCUGGUAAGGCUUCUGGGAAUAUAUUACUGCAGGGACGGAGUUAGGGGCCAGGGCAAUUGCCUAUGGGCUCGCGCAUCAUGCUAAGUAGAUUUUUUUUUUGUCCUUAUAAUCCGAAAAACAAUCUUUGCAAACAUUUUCUUUUUGUAGUUUUUCUGUAAAGUCGUUUUCUUAAUAUUAUUUCUCCUGCCUAGGGCCCCACUGUAACAGUAUGACCACCUAUAUAAGAUACAUAGAUAAAUUGAUGCAUAUGUAAUUUUUAUUGUACACAUUAUAGCAAACUGGAUCCUCAUCUGCGCCGUACAGGUUCUCUAUUCCAUAUUACACAUCGAUUAUCUUUCUAUAAACGAUCACGCUACGAAAACGAAAAAUAUAUGAAAAUGACCUGAUAGAUGAUAGAAGUUUCAAGUAACUUAUCGACGAAUUUCAUCACCGUACAUUUAUUUACGUAAGCGUUUGCGUUUGUAGAAAGAGAAUGUAUGCAUAACUUGGCUACAAGUCCAGGGGUUGUGGGGUAUGAUGACCGAGGGAACUGAGAUAGGAUGGAUCUCGCUCCUCACUCUCCCCUUUGUCGUUCUAUCCCCUCGUACCACGCAGUCGAUAAAGUACUAAUUGCCAGCAUUACGAUCUUUUUAAAGAAUUUCAUAUCUAAAUAUAAAGCAAUAACUAUAUUAUUAUAUAUUAUUUACAAGCAGUAAGUGUACUUAAUUUACUGUGCUUAAUAUUUCGUCAAUGUAACUUUUAUACGUGGUGCUACUGUAGAAUCAAACAGUUCCCAUAGUGUGAGUUUUGGAGCCACAGCCGCCCAGAGACAUGUCUGUUUGUAUAUUUCGCUCAAGGGCUUAGCUACCGCCAUAUCUGUCGUAUCAAUGAUAUGGGGCCCCCGGAUUAUAAGGGUCCCUUAUGUGUGAAAGCAAAAAUUUGUAAAAAGUAAUCUACAAUAUUACUUAAUUUGGUAGUUUCUGGAAAAAAAAAACAAAAAACUUCAGAAAUUAUAAAAGUUAAAAAAAGCAAUAUUUUACGAAAGAGUGGGGUUAGAGUUAAUGAAAAACUAAAGAAAUUUUCCGGGAUUUGCCGUUUGUCUAUUCAGCCCCCCAAAUAAUUAUAAUGCAGAGCCCCAAUAUUCCACCCUACGCUACUAAUUUCGUUGUCUCUAUAUUUUAGUGUAUAUGUUGGAAGUCUUUAUUAACUGUCCUUUGUACUUCAAAACAUACACUAUGGUCGCGAUACCAUGAAACGGAAUCGAGAGUUGUAAUAAAUUCCUAUUCAGUAAUAUACAUAUAUUUCUUUUUUUACUUUAACAAUAUGUUUUAUGAUAUUAUUAAGUAUUUAUUUAGUUAGCUUAUGUUUGAAUUUUUUCUAUAAUAGUGAAUCGAUGGCGUAAUAUAGCGGAGACCUUUCUGUCCUCUUGAGAUUAAUGAGUAUUUUAAAAUAGAACUGAUUCGUUGAAAAUAUUUCAGUAUUAACUUUAAAUAGGGUCACCAUGUUGAUUUUAGUUUAUUUCGGACUAUUAAUAUAUUAUUAAAAUCAAUCGAGUUUCUGAAUUUUAUCUUACUUUUUUUGUCUUAUUACAUAUUCAAUAUUUAUUUAUCAAAAGAAAUUAAUAAAUGUUUAUAUAUUUUUAAUUUAUAUAAUUCAAAACACUAUUAAUUUUUUUUCGUUUUUUUAUAACACUAUUAAAAAAAAUAUUGUGAAAUUGUCCAGCUACUUAUUUCUAUUAUUAUAUUUUCAUUGCAUGUCGAAUUUUUACAAUUUGUUUUCAGUUCUAUUUAAAUUGCUCAUAUUCUAAAUUGUGAUCUUCUAUGAAGACUGAGAGUCAAAUGGGGAUAUUAUGCACAACACAAGUCUAUAUUUGUAUAAAUGUUUGUUUGUAACGGUUAAAUACACAUCUACUCUUUAAAUUACUGUUUUUGGACUAAUGAAAUAAGUUUACCUGCAUGAUUUGUAUAAAGUCAGUUGAUUUGUAUUUUUUAGAAUAUCGAAUGACGUAUAUUGUUAUUAUAUGAGUUUACACAAGCAGAUUGUGAGAUCGAUGGUUAAAUUUUAUUAAUUUACAUAUAACCAUAUUUCAUUAUAUCUUAACACUCAAUUAACCAUAUUUUAUUGUACGAUACUAGAACUCACAAUUGCGGUGUAGAAAUUACUUAUUAUCAAAAUUAAUUUAUAACUUAUAAGCAGGUUUAGCUACAAGCAAAUGAAUCAAAUGUAAACUUAACUUUGUUCAUUGUAUAGCGAUCGAAAGUAAAACUCAUUAAUGGAAGGCCACUGUCCACUAAUGCAUAUCAUAUAUCUUUUGAGAAAUUUCAAAUUAAAUAUAAUAUUGGCAAUUAAAUUAGUUAAGUACUCGUAUAUCCUGAUUGUUUUAGUGGAGAGCGGACCUUAAUCUUAGAAUUGUAAUGGUGACCUUUUUGUGUUGUGUUAUAGCUAAAUAUAUUUAUUUUCAAAUACAUUAAUAAUUUUUUCACACUUUUUUUUACCCGUACUCUGUGAGGUGAUGUAAUUAUUAUGUAUAGGAGACUUAAUUUUUAAACAUUGGAUUAUGUUCACAUUUGGUGCAAUACAGAACAUUCCAAACCUGGUUUGGUGCUUAUUAUUAUAGUAAAAUUAUCGAAUAAAAAUAUGGAGUUUCAUUUAAUUAUUGCCCAACGCUCACCUUACCAAUUAAAGUGGUUCUAUUUCAGGCACUAAAGGUCACUAUUAACUUAUUCAUAUUUAUACCAUUAAAUUAAUGUAAAAUUAUUUUCGAGUACUUAUCAUUAUGUUAUAGCUUUUUUCUAUAAACUUAAAAUAUAUUUCAUACUAUCAGUUGCCACAGAAAGCCUAGUUCUUAAUAAAAACUAAAAAAUCCACAGCAUAAAUAACUCUUAAAAAAAUAAUGGACUCUGAAAUAUAAAAGCUCGUUGAUUUACAAAUAUAACCAAUUGACAAACAUUUUAAACAAAUAGACUAUCUUAAUGGGUUAAGCUUCUCUCUACGUAAGAUUUAUUAGAAAUACCUAACUAUUUAUUUAUUUUUAACAUUAUUCAUUAAAAUAGAAACCGUUAAUUGUAAUUAUUAGUUAUAUCUGAGGACGUCUCUCCUAGGAAUACGAGACGCGUGGUAUCCCUAUUGUUUUACAAAAAUACUUGAAAGCACGCUUUAAAUAAUAAGGAAAUUGAAGACAGCUAAUUAACAAAAAAAAUCAAUUCGUGAACUAGCAACUGUGCUAUUAAAAUGAUAACACUAAAAAAUUGCAAGCAUAAAUAAAAAUAUAUUUUUCUAGUGAGAGAUUGGUGUUAGGUGGCUAUAGUGCAUAUUAUAUAUAUCUCUUGAAAUUUCACUUAUGCAGUUGCUUUAUUACACUUUUAUUUAUAUAGUGACUUUGAAUAUUUUGGUUAAAUAUGUUAAUAUUGACACUUUGGGUAUUGUUUAAGUAAUGUAAUUCUUCUAUGUUUAAAUAAAUAUUUUAUUAGGUAUUAGAAUGACAUUUUAUCACCCAUAACUUAAAUUCCGAUAAAAUAUAUAUUCGUUAUCUACUUUUGCAAGUUGAUCACCAUUUUGUUAUAAUUAAAUUAAACGUAAAUUAAUUUACGUAGCAUUCUUUUAAAAACUUGCGUUUACGUUAUUUUAUAGCGCAUAGUAUACUGAAUAGUGUGGCUUCAUUUUUGGUAACUGACUUAAUUAAGAUAUGAAAAAAUUGACAAUGUAAUUAUUUUUUAUAACUACAACAUACUUUUGCUCAUUUAGAUUUUUACUUAUUAUCCUAGUCAAAACAUCAGUUCGAUUUAUACAUAGAUAUUUCAUAUUUAAUACAUACGACUAUUUACUGUGAUAUGAUUUUUUAAUAGAACAAAAAUAAUAAUUUCCUUAGAGUGCACUGUUAAAUGAAUUAGCCACUUAUCAUCCUCAAAUUACGAAUAAUAAAAUUGUAUUAAUUUAUUAUUGUCUUACGUACGAUUUAUACUUCAAGUAAGUAUCUAAUACUUCAUUAUUUUUAGAAACCUUGGAACCUUUGUAAUUGAUAUACCUAUACUAACAUUUAGUUUUAAUUUUAAAAGGAAAUAAGUUAUACUGUAACUGGACUUGAAAACAAAACUUAACUAAAGCGAAGUAAAAUUUAAAAUGUAAAAUAAUAUUUAGCUAAUAUUAUUCAUGUUUCCCUUUUAUAAACUAAACUAAAUUAACAAAUAUCAAAGUACGUUUUACCUAAGAAGGGGAAAGCAUUAUUAAAAAGAAUUAAUGUCAUUAAAAGUACACUUAAAUUGUAAAUCCAUUAACCUUGGAAAAAAUACUAUUUCAUUAUUUGUUUAAUGUUACCAGAAAGGCACAGUGAUUUAUUAUUAGGUUCAGGUUCGUUAGUUGUUGCGCUUUUAAUACAUAUUCAUAGCCAUCAGCUUUCGUUAUAUAGAAUUCAUCUAAUGACAAUGAAAAUGAAUUAUUAUCUGUAGUAACGGAUGGUUUGGCCUGCCGUUUAAAAACUAAACUACACUUAAUUUAGUUGUGUGUAUCAAAAUUAGUACCUACAGAUUUUUAAUAUUGAAUUACCUAAUUAAUAUUCAAUAAAUUAACAUUCAAUAAAUUGUUUGUAAUGAGUGUAAAAUUAUAUAUUACAAUGUGCAAAGUGGAAUAUAUUUAAUAGAUUCCAAUAAGUCGCCAAGUUAGAAAUUGGUAUAAUACUGAUACGAGAAUUUUAUAGAAUAAAUUAAAUAUUACCUAAAAUAUUAAUAUUAUUUCAAUAUAAUACCUAUUGCUAAAUGCUAAUUUAAUACUUGUUAUAGGUGAAAAUUAGAAGCCCUUGAAAUAAACGGCUCUUAGCCUUGUAGAAGUUGUAGGGCUCGAGGGUUCUAUUCAAUAACUAUAAGUGAUCUAUUAUGAUCGUCUUAACAAUUAAGUACUUUUAAUUCUCAUCCAUACUAUAGUAAAGUAAUUGUUUCUAUUAUCAUCAAUACUUCUGAUGUUUGUAAUAGAAAUAAAGUAUGCCCUAAUUUAUCAUACACACUCGGCUUUGUAUGUAAAUACAGAGAUAUGGCAGUGUUAAGAUUAAUUCAAAACCUAUAGUUACUAUUUUUAGCUUAUUGGCGACUAUUGUACAAGUUAUAAUUAUUAUUAUCAGAUAUUUUAAAUAAAUAAAUUAGCACGGAAUCCGUUUA